AUGCUUCUCAUGUGCCUCUCCGGCUUCGUGGCUUUCACCCUUGUCUGUGCAGCUCCGAGCAGCCCCAAAACUAUCCCAACCUUUUUAGGGAUCCGUCAAGAAGGAUCGUUCAGCACAAUCUGGAAUGACGACGCAUACCCCGAGCCACUGAACUUUGAGGUUUACAACGCGGGUGCGCCGUGUACAUUCCAGAUCGCAUACGAACGUUUCCCCUUCGACCGUGCCUACAUUGCCGACUAUGUUGCAGAGUACGCCGAUGGAUCGUCAACCUUAUUGCGUGCCACAUACGGCUCUUUCGCCACAGAUGCCCUCGCCAGCAAGGACUUCUUUGGGAUACAAGAUUCAUACCCAGAAAAUCGAGCUCCAUACGUCGUCUUCUUUCCCGAUGCCUGUCAGAACGGCCUCGCGCCGCAGUCAUUUCGCGUGAAUUUUGCAUUGCCUGAAAGUUAUUCAUAUGAGAACAACUGGACCACAGGCUCCCUGCCCAUUCUUUCAGACAGUCUGGCUGACGAGGUUACUGGAGUCAAACUGGUCUCCGGUAAUACGAGCACAGUGACAUGGGAACCGGUCGACGGCGCGACAAACUAUGUUAUACUCACUGAAAGUCUCUCCGACAGUGAAGUCGGUCCGAGACCCAUUGUCAUCGCCUAUGAGGUAUUCGGGGCCAGAGCGAGGAUAUAUUCCACCACGGGCGAUGUUUUGCGUGCUGCGGUGCUCGCCAAUCGUGGUGGAGAUAACGGGCGAUUGUCGGGAGGUGCAAAGCAGUUCACUGCAUUGAAUCGAGUUUUUGAGGUCGGACCUUCGGCUCGGGAGUGCGGCGACGUGUGACGAGUGAAUGCGCGGACAUCGGUGGGCACCUUACCUUAACUUGUGUUUACUCGAUGAAGAUGCUUGUCAGCCCGAUGGAAUGAGAGCCUCCCUAU